ACAUAAAGAUUUUAGGAUGCCACCAGGCGUUCUACCCAAUCCACCAGCGCAGCCAGCGCCAGCGGCGCGGCCAGCGCAGCCGGGAGGAGCUCAACCCCACGCUCAAGCUCAAGCGCCAGUGGCGCGAGGGCGCGGCAGAGGGCGCGGACGAAGAGGAGCGCGCACGAGACGACUUGCCGCAGAAGAGCAAGCUGAACAACCUGUAGACGCCAUUGGAGGCGUUCAGGAUUCAGAUGACGACGACGACGGGGAAGAUCCAAAAGAGAUAAAUGGGAAAGAUAAAGCUUAAGGCUGCGUUUCCACCAGAGAUGUGCGAUGGAAGUGUGUCGUGCGAGGAUGUCUAGCUGUGCUGUGAAAAUGUGUGGGUGUUUCCACCAAAGCUGUGCGAUGAUAAUGUGCCUACGAGGAUGUGUAGCGGAGCUGUGAAAAUGCGCAUUAAUGUGUGGCGCGAGGAUGCGUUGCGAAGCUGUGAAAUGUGUCGACGGGGGUGCGGUGUAGUGGGAGCGGAGUAACGCGAACGCCUGCCUGCCGCUCACCGCGCUGCGCUCACGUCUCACUUUGCUGUCGUAAGCGCUUGUAGUCGUACGCAUGUCGUACGGUUGCGUGGCAUAAUGGACGAAAAAUUAAUUGAUGCCGUUCAAAAGUUUCCGUGUUUGUGGAACACUUCUUUGUCAUUUUACAAAUGUAAUGAAACUAAGGACGCUGCGUGGGAGGAAAUAGUCAAAGAAAUACAAUAUAAAGAUGUGAAAAGCGCUAAGUAUCGUUGGAAACAACUACGGGAUAGCCAUCGGGACGCGCUAAAGAGGCAGAAAUCUAAAAAAAGCGGACAGGCUACAACCAAAACACGUGAAUGGAAAUACCAAAAAUUGAUGGAAUUUCUUUUACCGUACAUGGCCAACAGAGAUAGAGAGUCAAGUUAUAAAGAGGAUAUUUCGUCACCAAAUAAUGAAAAUGACUCUUCGCAAAGCACUCAAUAUUCAUUAAACCAAGAUGACUCUUCGCAGAGCACUGAACAUACACCAAAUCAAGCUGACAAUCCCAACAAUCUUUACGAAAUAGCCUCAACUUCAGGCAUUUCAACAGAUUCGGUCACCCCGUCAUCAUCAAAGAAGAAAAAAGGCGAUUAA